AAUAACCUAAAAAAGUUUUAACAGGAAUUUGAAUUUUGAAGAGGAGAAUUUGUAAAAAAAUUUGAGAACGUGAGGAAUAUAAAAUGGCAUACAAAAAUAAAAAAUCCAAACCCGUUAAACUGACAAGAAAACAACAGCGUAAAGAAAAACGAAAUGAAAAGAAAGUUCGCCGUCAUGAUUAUUACACAAACAGAAAUAAACCUGGGGCAUUUGUGUUGAAUCCAGAACAGAAAAAUAGUAAUUAUGUAUCUGAUAACAGUGUUGAAUCAAAAGGGAAACGCAGAGAAAGAGGUCCCACAACUUCAGUCAGUGGUAUUCCAGGUGGUAAUAAUGUUCCAAACAACAAUAAGUUGCUGACUACUGAGCAAGUCAGGAAAAAAGAACAAAAGGAGCAGAAAAAGCUGGAAAAAGAAAUGAAGGACCAAAGGAAGAAACAACUCUUGGAAGCUAAUAUUGAUGAGGACAAAGUUAUUAGACAACUAGAAAAACAGUUGGGUUUGAAGAAGAGAAAAUCCAAAGCUGUACCCAAAUCAUUUUCUGAAGAUGGUCUAGAUUAUUUAUUAGAAGUCUGUGAUUCUGAAAGAAUGAAAAAUUCAAUAAAUACAGAACAAGAUUUCAUGGCAGCCAAUGAUGUGUUUGAGGAAGAUUUUGCCUUAAUGUCUAAUAAACAAACUCUAAUGGAUGAAAAUGAUGAGGACAAUAGCGAGGACAAUAGUUUAAAACAAUCUGAUGAGGAGUAUGAACAAUUUUCUGAUGAAGAAAGCAAUUCAGAUUAUGCAACUGAGGAUGAAUCAAUGGAGGAUGACAAUGGGAAAAAUAUUUCAGAUUCUGAAGAUGGUUUGAACAGUUCAAUAGAGAGUGAUGAAAAUGUACAUGGAAAAUCAAGGAAAAAUAUAAAAUCUCUGGAAUCACAAAAUGAGAGGAAGAAAGAUAAAACUGUUGAUGAGAGGCAGUCAUUUAAAAAUGCUCAAUCCAAUAAGAGAAAACUUGAAGAGCAAAGUACAAGUAAUAAAAAGAUCAAAACUCUCAAAAUUGCUGAAAAUGAAGAACUGAGUGGAAAUGAUGACAGUUCCAGUAAUGAGCAAAGUGAAGAUGAUGGAGAUACCAGAGCUGAUGAGAUAAAUGAUAAUAAGAAAGGAGCAGUGAAAUCUUUUCCAGAUGGAACAUGGGAGGACAUCUAUGGAAGAAAAAGAGCUAAAGAUGGAUCAAUUAUAACAAAAAAGAAUGAGUCAAAGUAUAUUCCACCUGCAAUGAGAGUUGAACUUGAAAGAGGAAAUGUGGAAGACAAAAAGCGUUUUGAGAAAUUGAAUAGAUUGAAAAAGCAAUUGAAAGGUCUAUUGAAUAGACUAGCAGAGAGGAACAUGCACAGCAUUGCAACCCAAAUAGAAGAGCUCUACAUGAACAACAGUCGCAAUGACAUGAACGAUACUUUGACCAAUCUCAUAAUGGAAUCGCUUGUUUCUGAAGUUUUGACGCCUGAACGCCUGUUGAUAGAGCACGUUGUACUGCUGACCAUUUUACAUGCCAAUGUAGGAACAGAAGUUGGAGCACAUUUUUUGCAACAUGUGAUCAGGCAAUUCGACCAAUGUCUGAGUGCAAAUGAAGAAGUUGAAAACAAAACUUUGGACAAUAUAGUUCGUAUAGUAGCACAGCUUUACAAUUUCAAACUGUUCGACUCCAAACUGAUAUAUGAAAUGUUGAGAAAGUUGGCAUCAAAAUUCGAGGAAAAAGAUGUCGAGUGUAUUUUACAUAUAUUAAGGAAUGUUGGGUUUGGUCUAAGAAAGGAUGACCCCCUAGCAUUGAAAAAUUUGAUUAUGGAACUUCAAAACCAAGCUGCUAAUGUCACUGAUGAAGAAAGGGAUAAUUCUAGAGUGAAAUUCAUGCUGGACAUUCUGUUAGCGAUUAAAAAUAAUAAUGUAACAAAAAUACCAAAUUAUGACACGUCUUAUUCCGAACAUCUUAAAAAAGUUAUGAAGGGAUUCAUCAGGAAAGGAAAUUACGUAUCACAGUUGAAUAUCUCCAUAGAAGAUCUUCUCAAAGCCGACGAACGUGGUAGAUGGUGGGUGGUCGGUUCAGCUUGGACAGGAACCGAAAAAGACAAUAACGACAAAUCACAAGAUUCAACCAAACCCGAGGGAUUCUCCUCUAAACUGUUGAAACUUGCGAAAAAACAGAGAAUGAACACAGAUGUGAGGAGGAACAUAUUUUGUAUCAUCAUGUCCGCCGAGGAUUAUAUGGAUGCAUUUGAGAAAAUCGUCAAACUAGGACUGAAAAAUCAGCUAGAAAGGGAAAUUAUCAAUGUAAUAUUACAUUGUUGCCUACAAGAAAAGCAAUACAACCCUUAUUAUGGCCAUUUAGCACAAAAGUUCUGUGAUUUUGACCGAAAGUAUCAGAUGACAAUCAAAUAUUCAGUGUGGGAUAAAUUGAAAACCUUAACUGACCACUCUGGAUCACAGUUAUCAAAUCUUGCAAAGUUAUUGAUACAUUUGUUCAUGGAAAAAGGCUUGCCAAUAUCAACACUCAAGAUUGUACAAUUUGGUGAACUGGACAAAAUCACAUUGAGAUUUAUGAGGCAAAUUCUGCUUGGUAUUUUGCUACAUCCAGAUGUGGAAUCAUGUUUAUCCAUUUUCUCUAAAGUGUCUCAAUCUGAUAAGUUGAAGCUUUUUAGGGAAAGUUUGAGAUUGUUUAUACACCAUUUCCUGUUGAGUAACCUCAAAUCGGAUAAAAUUCCCGAAGAUCAUAAAGAAUUGUUGGAGAGUAGAGCGAAAAUUGUAGAAAGGGUACUGAUCUCCAAAGAUUUUAGGGUGACUUAAUUUUUUGUGUGACGUUUUUUUCAGUCUUGAGGGUCGGUUGCAUAAAGCUCUUUUUUAACUUAACAAGGAAUCAAUCAACCCUAAAGGCUAUAUAGUUGCCUGAAGCAUUUGACAGAUGAUUAAAUAUUUUUUAGUAUUCAUUUAUAUAUUCAUGGUGAUAUUUGACUUAUAGUUGCUGGGUCAGGAGAGUUGAUUCCUUGGUAAGUUGAAAGAGAGGUUCAAGCAAAUGGCCCUAGUUAGAUUGCAAUAAUUAGGUGUAAAAUAAAUUUGUUUAAGUUU